AUGGCGUCUGGGAAGAAAGCAGGAGUCGGUGUACAUGAGAAAGGCGCGAGUAAAAGACGCUCAUCUAAACAUAAGGACGGACCAAUAGGAUAGGACAGGCAAGGACAGGACACAACCAUGAACUCAGACACGGUGAUGGAUACAAAGGCAGUGUUUUCUGCCUUGUACGAUGUGUGUGAGGAGAACGCCAUGUUCUUCUCCGCGGGAGCGAAGGGCCAGCCAGGGGACGCCGCUCAGCGCCUGGUGGACGUCAUGACGACCAUCCAGGACCACGCCCGCAGCUUAGAACCCGUCAUCACGGGCUUUGCCUCAAUCUACCACCACUUUGACUUUGACCCACACAUCCCAGCCAAUGGCUAUCGUUCACUCGUCAAGGUGGUGCGCUGUUGCCUUCUUCACAUCAUCCACAAGGCGCGCUACAUCGCCUCCAACAGGCGGAGCAUCUUCUUUCGGGCGGCUCACAACGCGGGCGAGAUGGAGGCGUACUGUAGCGCCCUGUGCCAGCUGAGGGCGCUGCUCUACCUGGCCCAGCGCCUCCUCCACGACAACAGCCACGGAAACCUCUUCUUCCAGGAGGAGAGCGGCCUGAGUCAAACCUUCCUCAGAGAGUACGCCUCCAUGCACAAAGGCUGCUUCUACGGACGCUGCGUCGGCUUCCAGUUCACCCCCUCCAUCCGCCCUUGCUUGCAGACCAUUGCCAUAGGAUUGGUUGCCUUUGGAGAGAACUACAGGAGACACCAGUCUGGGAUAGAGGAGGCAGGAGAAAUUGCACCAUAUGGAGUAGCUGCCAGUUCUCUCUUCAACUCUGGAAAGUACGUGAUUGACCCUGAACUGAGAGGGGCGGAGUUUGAACGCAUCACUCAAAACUUGGACGUCCAUUUCUGGAAAACCUUCUGGAAUAUUACAGAGACUGAAGUUUUGUCUAGUUUGGCUAGCAUGACCUCCACUCAGGUCAAAGUCAACCGCGCCCUGUCCGUGCCUCCAGAGCCCUUUGACCUGCCCCUGGUGGCCGACCCCACCCACUCUGUGACCAUCUCUCCCCCCGUGGCCCACAUUGGCCCGGGACCCGUGCAAAUGAGGCUCAUCUCCUACGAGCUACGAGAAGGACAGGAUAACGAGGCAUUGUUGGCGAUGUGUCGUCCAGAGGGGGGUCCUAUCUCUCUCUCCCUGGGUCUGAAGACCAAACGAAGCCCCCCCUCACCUUGGCUUGUGGUACAUUAUCAUGGAGGAGGCUUUGUGGCACAGACCUCCAAGUCUCAUGAGCCGUAUCUGAAAAGCUGGUCCCAGGAUUUAAACGCGCCUGUCCUCUCCGUGGACUAUUCUCUUGCCCCCGAGGCGCCUUUCCCCCGAGCUCUGGAGGAAUGUUUCUACGCCUACUGCUGGGCCGUCAAGAACCACCACCUCCUGGGUUGGACUGGGGAGCGGGUGUGUCUGGCUGGCGACAGUGCUGGAGGGAACCUGUGCGUGACUGUGUCCAUGAGAGCCGCCGCCCACGGCGUGCGCAUGCCGGACGGCAUCAUGGCGGCGUACCCCGCGACCCUGCUCACCGCCUACGCCUCGCCCUCCCGACUCCUCACGCUCAUGGACCCGCUGCUGCCCCUCAGCGUGCUCUCCCGCUGCCUGAGCGCGUAUGCAGGUACGGAGCCUCAGGCGGAGAAGCCGUCGGGGAAGGUGAGCACACUGAACAUGGUGAAGAGAGACACGGCCCUGCUCUUCAGGGACAUCCGACAGGGAGCCUCCAACUGGAUCCACUCACUGCUGGACUCCAAACACACCUCUGACGCUGACUCUGUGAGGAAGAGUGUUUCGGAGGCAACGCUGAAUUCGCCUCACUCGGACCCGCCGGUUCCUCCCGAGCCGUCCGAGUUCUCCAACAAGAGGGAGUCUCUGAAGAGCCAGACCUGUCAUGACUUGGGAACCCAUUUCAACAUCAACCCAAAUAUCUCACUUAACACACCUUUUCCCCCUGAAGCCCAGCCCGAGGAGGUGGCUCUUUUCCUCUCCUCCGACGUGGAUCCCUCCGUGUCCAGCUCCUUCUCCUCCGUGGCCAAACCGCCCCCGGAGGGUGGGCAGGACCCGGACAACCCGCGGGAGUUUCCAGAAGACUUUGAGCCUCUGCGUUCGGAGCAGCUGGCGGAGAUGAGGAUGCAGACGUCGCCCAUUGUCAGGAACCCCUACAUGUCCCCUCUGUUGGCCCCAGACAGCAUGCUUAAGGGCCUUCCCCCCAUUCACAUUGUGGUAAGACCGAAUAUAACGCCAAGUCGUCGAGGAAAAUACGUCAGAGGUAUUGUCAAUACGAAAGAGGAUUGGGUGUUCCUUACAAGGUUCUGUUUCCUCACUGAUUUUGGCAGGCUGGAUUUUCGGUUCCGAUACCCAAAGUCACGCUGCUGUCAGAAUAUAUUGCUCUACUUUGAUGACAGCUCACAGUGGCCAGCUGUGUAUAAGAGGCCAGAAAAGGACUGCUAUCAGAAGGAGGCCGUACUGAGACCAGAGAAUAAUCAGGUUAUUAACCUGACAACCCGCUAUACCUGGUCCGGAUGUGUGGUUGAAGGAGAGGGAGAUGAGGAGACUCUUAGCUGUGUGGGAGGUCGAAGUUUCCGCUCAGUCAGAGAGAGAUGGUGGUACAUUGCUCUCAGCAAAUGUGGGGGAGAUGGCUUGCAGUUGGAGUACGAGAUGAAACUCACGAAUGGCCAGUCUUUCUGGACACAGCAUUUCUCUGCUGACGAGUUUGGGAUCCUGGAGACAGAUAUUACGUUCUUGGUCAUAUUCAUCACUGUGUUCACGCUUUCCUGUUAUUUUGCGUAUCAUUUGAAGGGAAGACAGCUCCUCCAUACGACGUAUAAGAUGUUUAUGACUGCUGCUGGAGUAGAGGUUCUCAGUCUGCUGUUUUUCUGCAUAUACUGGGGCUUGUACGCCAGAGACGGAGUUGGAAACGGGAGCCUCAAGCUUCUGGGGAAACUACUCUUCUCGGUCAGCUUCCUUGUCUUCCUCUUGAUGUUGAUUCUUUUGGGAAAAGGCUUCACUGUCACCAGGGCAAGAAUUAGCCACAGUGGAUCUGUGAAGCUGUCCAUCUACAUGACAAUUUACACCAUCACCUACGUCAUCCUCUUUAUAUAUGAAGCUGAGUUUUUUGACCCGGGAGAGGUUCUGUACGCUUACGACAGUCCGGCCGGGUAUGGACUGAUGGGUCUGCAGCUCCUGGCCUACGUGUGGUUCUGCUAUGCGGUUCUGGUAUCUCUCAAACACUAUCCGGAGAAACAGCCUUUCUACAUCCCCUUUUUCACUGCUUACACGCUCUGGUUUUUCGCUGUGCCAGUCAUGGCUCUUAUUGCCAACUUUGGGAUCCCACGCUGGGCCAGAGAGAAGAUUGUUAAUGGCAUUCAGCUUGGCAUCCAUCUUUAUGCCCACAUCGUCUUCCUGGCUAUAACCCGGCCAUCAGCAGCCAAUAAAAACUUCCCUUACCACGUGAGGACGUCUCAGAUUGGCAUCCUUCUGUCCAGUCCUAAAGGGACAGGGGCGGAGAGUUUCCCCCAUCAUGCCUACGGGAACAGUUCCUUCCUCGGAGACUCACAGCCUAACUUCACCGAACUCUUCUCCAUUCACGCGGCCCCGGUAAAGACCGUGGAUGAGUCGGUGACCAGGAAGAGCCAGGACGUGCCGAGAAACGGUGAGCAGAAGAUCAUCACCACGACGGCCGACCUCGCCUCCACUUUCUCCCCGCCCCCUCCUCCCGUGCCCCCGCGUAGCUCCGCCCACUCUCCGCCCCCACCCAGGCUGUCCUCCCACUUCACAGAGUACUUCAGCAUGCAAGGAGGGGUGGGGUUCGGCUCGAAAGCGUAG